AUGCCGAAGAACACAAAGUCAUCAGCAACUUCGGGCACACGCAAGAAGAAUGCUCGCAAGGCAGCUGUAGGCGUACCCCCUCCGGAAGUCCUUGUCGUCGCGAAGCAGAAGAAACAGAAAGGACAGAAAAAGGAGCCCCGGAAGAAGGUCUAUAUUCCUCCCUUUAAGCCAGCCCCACCGCAGCCAGAUCCAUUGGAUACUCUCGGCCUUAUACAUAGACUUCCACCGGAACUAGUCGUUAUUCUUCGAUCCUUGGGAAAGAAGGAUCCAGUCACGAAGGGACGGGCUCUGGAAGAACUUCAAUCAAAAUGGAUCGAUGAAAGUUCAAGGAAGGGGGAUGAGAGCGUGGAAUGCGAUGCACUUGUCACGAUGCUGCCAGUCUGGUUUCAUAGGGCUCCUGUAUUCUUCACACAUCCUGUCCGCCGGAUUCGCCUCUUAGCUGCUGCACUCCAUUUUUCAUAUUUACGGAUCCCUGCUGUCCGGGAUGCUGCUACCUUCUUUUUGAGAGAGACUGCAACAUCUGAGCAAAUUGAGACUCUCAUGGGUACAUGGUGCAUGCUCGCUCAUGACGUUGACCGUCAGGUGUCUCUGCAAGGACGGAAGUCCUGGUCUAGUAUCACCUCUCCAGGCGUAGAUGGAGAAACACUAGUAAACUUGGAAACGCUGGCUUCUAUCAUGGAAUUUUUCCAAAGAACUCUUUUGGAUCCUCCAGGAGUUCAUCUUUACCUCAAUCCUCCUGCACCAGUUGCAGCUCCUACUCCAGGCAUCAAAAGGCCUAGCGGAAAAUUUAUUCCCGAAGCCCCUAAAGAAGAACUAGAAUCCAAGGUAAAUGAAGAGAGUGAUCUCGAUAGGAAUGCUCGCCUUCGUUUUGGUGCACUGAGCGCAUUCCGUUGGCUCUUUGAUGCUCGCCUUGCCUCCAAGAUUAUAUCUCUAGAUGAUCUAUCUGGGCUGCUAUCCAACCCACUGUUUUGGACGUCGUUGUAUUACGGUGAGCAUGCGCCUUGGAUCCCGGACCCUGAAAUCCAUGGUCUUGGGCAUGGGCAACCUCAAGUACGCCAGGCCACGUGGGGACUGUUAUCUAUGCUACUACAACGUUACAAAGGCGCUAUUAAGCCAUUUAUUCCCAUACUGAGCGUUGUUUUGCUUCGUUCUGCAUGGGUCGAGACAGACUCAGGAGUGAGAAAUGCUUUGUUCCAGCCGGUCUUAAUUUUUCUCAAAGAGUUCCCAAACGCGUGGAUUCUUGAAGGGGCAUAUGACGCAGACAAACAACACGAGGAUGGUGAUGAUUCGGACUCGGAUAGCGAGGAGUUUGAAACUAAAACAACUUCCACUCGUAAGGAACAUUCUUCUGAGGCAUACCGGGAGUUUCUUCAAUUCCUUGAACUUGGGUGCGCUGGAUCACCUAUCAGUGGGUAUCCGACGGUCCUUGUUGCUUUGUCGACAAUUCCCUCAUCCGUAUCAUCCUCUAGGACGGGGAUGCCCCUCGACGAUUUCUUUACUUCGUUCUGGGCAGCGAUUGACGGCCAUGCUUUGAGUUCUUUAGAAAGAAAGGUCCCUUCUGCCUCAUUCCUUUCGUCUCUCCUGGAAUGUUUGGUGUUCUUCUUGAGAAGACUGUUGGGUGGAUCCGAGGACCAUGGAGCGUUAUCUGGAUCUGUUUCAGAUGGUCUGGUGUCCAAUAACACACGUCUACAAGACGUGGCAGAUGAACUUGUCAGAUCUCAAUUCACGCGCAUUUGGCAAGAGGUUAAAGCAAGGCGCCUAAGAGCUGACGAGAAUGAUGUGGGGAAGUUGAUAGCCAGUUCGUUACUAUCUCUCCAUCGCAUGAACAUCGAUUUUUUCACCACUGCCUGGGAUACUGUCUCGAGUGCAAUUCUUUCUCAAGAUGACGAGAGUCUCUCUCUUAUACCUACCGUGCUCCGGACGUUCGUGGAUACUUUUGAAACGACAGACCUUCCUGCAGAUGUUACACGCACUCUCAUAAGCAAAUAUGUGCAAGAAACUGUUGGGAAUUGCGAGACAGUCCUUGCCUCCAAUUCGACCAGUGCUGGAGUAUCGAAGAACAUCGGCGUGGUGAUCACACUAAUGGAAACCUUUGGAUCUCAUCUAUUCCAGCACACCGACUUCGCUGUGAGAAUGGAUAACAUGUUCGUUAACAAUGCGCUUCGCAUUCUACAAGCUUCUCCUCAGGCGAUAUCUACGUUCAUGUCUCGUCGGAAUGACGAGGAUCUUUGUGUGGAACUAUGGCAUGUUCUACUGGUCGAUGUCUCCCAACAGAUCGACAUGUUGUCGUCACUGCUGGACGUGAUUGACACCGACAUAUGUCCUAAAUAUUUACGGCCCGAGGACGGCGAGUUAGAUGACGUCAUAGAACACCUGUUCAUCGAGGUGCUAAACGGAACUACCUCGACUUUUCGCAGCGAUUUGGUAAAGAGGCUCAUCCAAGUACAAGACUUUUUCCUCUCGGAGAACGGGCAAGAUAUUCUAUUCCAGACCCUCGUAUCGUCAUUAUCGUCCACUGUAGACGAUAUUCUGUACACAACGAAUGCGCCGUUCACUGCGCUGGCCACUGUUAUAGAGUUCACGCGCAUCAUGCUCAGCAAGAACCAUAAACUUACCAGUGACUCACUGGUAUCUGUUCUCCCAAAUGUCUUCAUCGUAGGAUAUCUACUACCAGUAACAUUCCCCACAUUGGAAACGCCUAUCAUCGAUGCCGCACGAGGGGUUUGGAAUCUCUGUGUGUCGAAGCCAGACAAUGGACUACAGGACGUCCUGAGCGGAAUAAUUAAAGAGAAAUUGAAAGAGCUUUUUCAAGAUUGCUCUACUUACAUGCGACCAGAGGAUAUUUUGACACUUUCAGGUCAUAAACCGAAAGGCAUUGUUAUCACCCCGCUUGCAGACGUCUUCCCUACACCAGGAGAAUUCAACGCAAUGAUUAACUCGCUUCCAUCAGAUCCACCAGACCCUAGUCUUGCAUUCAUCGAGUCCAUCAUCCCGGCUAUCUCGGAGUUUGAGAACCCAACUAUCUCUGGCCUGGAGUUCGAUUCAAGGGGCUAUUCAACAUACAUCAGGGUUACGUCUGCUCUUUUGGCGUACUUGGGUGACAACCGGAGCAUCGCUAAGGAAAAUAUGUGGGCACUUCGGCACAUACUUAUACUUGGCCAAUACGCGAACGAUGCUUUACGUGUCCCCGCAACUCCAAGUGGAUUGUUUGGGCCAGAUGUAUCGCAGUCAGAACUGCGCAAGCUGCUAGGGAAGGUUCACCAACUUUCCACUUACCUCCUGUCUACAGGCGACGAUGGUCUUCACAGUCAGGUUACCAGCGCUUGCAUAUCUAAUCGCGCGACAACUUCAUCGGAUGCUUUGGCGUCUUUUGUCGUGGACAUCGUCAACCACGCCAAAAGGGAGGAUGCUGUCAGAGAUGCACUAGCGUUGCGCUCGGUGUUGAAGCACCUAUUUGCGAGCGCUAGCAAAACAGAUUCUGACCAAUGGUUGGAUCUAGCUCGUAGGCUGGAAAAGACAGCGCCCCAAACUACUGUGGCCAUCCUUGCCAGCAUCACUGAAUUUGCUCCGGAACCAUCGAGAAUGGACCGUUACCGCAACGAGAUUGCUUCGGAUAUCCUGGGAGUGCCUGCGAGCAGAGCAAACACGACAGGAGUCGUCCUGCUUCGUCGUCUUGCAGCGACAGCCCCUGAUUCUGAGUCUGACGUGGUGUUCCUGCCACAGCAGCGCGCUGUCAAUGUCGUGAAGACUUGUCAAGCUUGGAUUUCUUCUGACGAAGAUAUCGAUGAAGAUGUGGAGAGUGUGAUGCCACUUUUGUUCGUCCAUUUGUCCCCGAUUUUGCAGAACGUUGCUGGGAACCAUUGGGAGUUUAUCUUUGAUGUGGUUGAGAACAACUUAGAGACUUGUUCUUUUGCCGAUAGCGCAACACUGACGAUGUUAGGGAGAUCGCUUCGUCUUAUCCUUACUAUCCAAGAUCUGGUCCUGACCAACAAGCCACUGCGCGCAAGCUGGGAUGGGAGAAAAGAAUCUAUUUUGGCGCUUGUCAAGAACUUGGUAUCCAUGAAACUUGAUAAUACCGAUCGCUCUGAGCCACGUUCUCUAUGCAGGGAACUGGCACUUGCAGUCAUCCAAGGGUUGCCUGAUGCAUUGAUGAACGAGAAAACUCUGCCCGAAAUGUGUCACUUCCUCACUGAUCCUUCCUACGAAGUUCAGCGCAUGGGGUACAGCCUUUUGCACAAAGCAGCUCGAAAGCGGACCGAAUACUUUGUCAUCGAAUCUGCUGUUGACACAGAAGACAACGUCAGCGCUGAGAUACCUGCUGAACUUCUUGCGAUUUUGCAAUCGAAUCUCGCGUUAGCAGAGGGAUUCCACGAUUCUGAAUCAGACAAUGUCGAGAUGGAUUUGUCAGAACUUUACGCAGUUUCCGGUUAUCUACUGGCAUGGAUGAUCAUGUUCGAUCUAUUCAUCGAUGCUUCCAUCAAAGUCAGGUCGCAGUACUUUAAUCGAAUGAGGAGCCUUGGUAUCAUCGGGGAUUUCUUCAUCCCUAAUGUUUUCGAUGUUCUCGAUCUGUUCAGUGGAAAGAAGAAGGCAUUCAAACUUGAUAUAUGGGCAGUCGAUGACUUUUUCAUUGAACACUUCGAGCCCGAGAGCGUGCUCAGCCUACGACUCCUGGCCGCUCAUAUCUAUCAUCGAGCGCUUCUGACAGUCCCAGCAUUAAUACGAUCCUGGAUCUCAGACUGUUCAGACAGACAGCUGUUAUCGCGCGUGGUGGACUACACUGCUUCAUACUUCUCACCAGGCAUUAUCAGAGCCGAGCUUGCGCAAGUGCGGCAGGCUGAUCCAUCGUCAGAACUAUAUACAACAGAGAAUCUCGUCAUCAAAGUGUCACCGAGCGCUGGAGAGGUCACGGCCUCCUACACAGUCGAUGAUCAAGUGUUGGAAUUGUCUCUGAGAUUGCCAAACGACUGGCCAUUGCACCGACUUGACAUCCGUGACACGAAGAUGGUCGGUGUAUCUGAAGAUAGAUGGAGAGCUUGGGUGCUUGGGGUACAACAAAUUGUUUGGCAGCAAAAUGGUCGGAUUGUUGACGGUCUAACUGUAUUCACGAAGAAUGUGACCCUUCAUUUUGCUGGUCAAGUGGAGUGUGCAAUCUGUUACUCGAUUAUCAGCGUCAUGGACAGCAGCCUUCCACAAAAGCCUUGCAAGACCUGCAAGAACCGUUUCCAUGCAAGUUGCUUGUACAAAUGGUUUAAAAGCAGCCAUUCAUCAAGCUGUCCGCUUUGCCGAUCUGACAUACUGUGAAAAACCAUGUCUGGUGUCUCGAUAGUGAAUUGACUCCGAGGAUUAGUAAAUGACUCGUACUGAUAUGAAGGCAUUCCGAUAGGGUUCUUCCUGUAUGAAACAAUAUCAAUAGCCUUUGCAUGUCAGCCUCCAGGGCUAAGCUGGACCGGGGGAUCGAUUAUGCUUAUUGCGAUCAGUGGAGAUAAACCACCAUGAUCUAGAGCGUCCAGCCUAAACACCUGACGAGCAGAAGGUCUCCGAGGGACCGUGCCCA